AUGGCUGAAGAGAUUAUUAUGCCAAUGCAUGAUCAAUUGGAAGAUUCGUUCCUGGCGAACCCUGAAAAGUACAACGGUGAUGAAAAUAAAUGCGACGGGAAGCACUCGAAUGUUUUGAUGCACUUAAAAGCUGUGAAGAAGGAGUGCGGUAUCUUAAAGAAAAAAGUGACUAGAAUGGCUAGAGUAAAUAAUGACUUGAGGAACAAAAUCCCGGAAAAUCUUCGUGAAGAUUUCGAGAAGCAGACAUACAAGGUUCAGUUUGUUCAGCUGCAGAAGGAUCAACUUGCUACUGAACGCGAUGGUCUGCUAUUACAACUGGAGCACGAGAUGGACAAGUAUGCAAGUGUUCUACGAAAACUGGAUGAGCAAAACAAAACAAUGGAGGAGAUAAAAAACGAGUUUCUGCGCGAAGUUUCUGAACGUAAAAAGCUGCGCGCAGAAGCUCUCAGUGCUCUAAAGGAGCAGGAAAAAAACCACUCUCUGGAAAUGGAUAAGCUAAACCAAACAAUACUGGAGUAUACUUGCUCCAUUUGUCUCAGCCCCUGGGACACGUUUGGCGAACACCGAUUGGCUUCUUUGGCCUGUGGACAUCUUUUUGGCGACGACUGCAUCAAGAUCUGCUUAAGCCGUGCGGGAGAAUGUCCAACUUGUAGAAGGUCGGCCCAUACUGGUGAUCUACGCUAUAUAUGUGAUCGUUACCAUUCGCUAUAA